ACGGCAUGUAAAUAGGAACCCUGUGACGUUUAUGUAGGUACGCACGUUUUGAUGCACAGCGCUGACCGUGUGGGGUGGAGUUCCUCCCAGAUUAACGACGAGCAACGGAGUAUGGGGGGACCAAGUGUGAAGUAGAUCGAGCGCACCCAAAGUAGCAAGACAAGAAAUGGUAAAAGACGUUUGGCGCGGUUGGUAGACGAGCUGCGGACAGCCGAGGGAGAAGAACCGUGGUCAACCUCGCCGGUUUUCCCAUAUUCUCUCGUCAGCCGUAUAUUGAAGCUUGCCCUGCGCAGGCAGACGGAACCACCUCGAAAAUGCCUCCCAUCGAAAAAGACACCGGGAAGAAUGAGCUCAAAUCUCAGAUACAGCAACUUAUUGACUCCAACCAAGUGAUGGUCUUCAGUAAAAGCUACUGUCCGUACUGUGUUAAGGUGAAAGACUUGUUCAAAGAGCUGAACGUCGAGUGUAACGUGGUGGAGUUGGAUCUCAUAGAGGAUGGAACCACCUAUCAGGAGAUGCUGCUUGAGAUGACCGGACAAAAAAGCGUUCCGAAUGUCUUCAUCAACAAGAUGCACGUCGGUGGCUGUGACAAAACGAUGCAGGCUCAUGAAGACGGCAGCCUAAAGCAGCUACUGAGCGGAGAUGCCGAAGCUUACGAGUAUGACCUGAUCGUCAUCGGAGGAGGGUCUGGAGGCCUGGCCUGCUCAAAGGAAGCCGCUAUGUUGGGGAAGAAGGUCAUGGUGCUGGACUACGUUGUGCCCACGCCAAAGGGAACCACCUGGGGUCUCGGUGGAACCUGUGUGAACGUGGGCUGCAUUCCCAAGAAGCUGAUGCACCAGACUGCCGUGCUAGGCACUGCCAUGCAGGAUGCGCGCAAAUUCGGCUGGGAGUUCAGUGAGACAGUGAAGCACAACUGGGACACGAUGAAGACGGCGGUGAACAAUUACAUCGGCUCACUGAACUGGGGCUACAGGGUGGCACUGAGAGACAAGAGUGUCGAAUAUAUCAAUGCCUAUGCAGAGUUCAUCGAACCACACAAAGUCAAGGCAACCAACAAACGUGGGAAGGAGACGUUUUACACGGCGGCAAAGUUUAUUUUGGCUACAGGAGAGAGGCCGCGCUACCUGGGCAUACCUGGAGACAAGGAGUACUGCAUCACCAGCGACGACCUCUUCUCGUUGCCCCACUCCCCAGGGAAGACCCUGGUGAUCGGGGCGUCGUACGUGGCCCUGGAGUGCGGUGGCUUCCUGGCAGGCCUGGGUCUGGACGUCACCGUCAUGGUCCGCUCCAUCCUGCUAAGGGGCUUCGACCAGGACAUGGCCAACCGUGCCGGCGAGCACAUGGAGGAGCACGGCGUCAAGUUCCUGCGCAAAUAUGUCCCUGUGAAGGUAGAGGAGCUGGAAGCAGGAACUCCCGGCAGGCUGAAGGUGACAGCCAAGUCCACGGAGAGCGAUGAGAUCUUCGAGGGGGAGUACAACACGGUGCUGAUAGCAGUGGGCCGAGACGCAUGCACCGACAAGGUCGGCCUGGACAAGAUAGGGGUCAAAGUCAACCCCAAGAAUGGGAAGAUUCCGGUGAACGAUGAAGAGCAGACCAAUGUGCCCCACGUCUACGCCAUCGGGGACAUUCUGGAGGGCAAGUGGGAGCUGACGCCUGUCGCCAUCCAGGCUGGCAAGCUGCUGGCACGGCGCCUCUACAAGGGCGCAACACUCAAGUGUGACUACAUCAACGUUCCCACCACUGUCUUCACCCCGAUGGAGUACGGCUCCUGCGGUCUGUCGGAGGAAAAAGCCACAGAGCUCUAUGGGCAAGACAACCUGGAGGUGUACCACAGUCUGUUCUGGCCCCUGGAGUUCACCGUGCCCGGCAGAGACAACAACAGGUGCUACGGCAAGAUCAUCUGCAAUAAACUGGACAACGAUCGAGUCAUCGGGUUCCACUACCUGGGGCCAAAUGCAGGAGAGGUGACGCAGGGCUUUGGUGUAGCCAUGAAAUGCGGCGCCACCAAGGAACAGCUGGACGGAACGAUCGGCAUCCACCCAACCUGUGCUGAGAUCUUCACUACAAUGGAUGUGACCAAGAACUCCGGUGGAGACAUCAACCAGGCCGGCUGCUGAGGUUAAACCCUGCUCGUUUAGCUGAGGCUGCUCUCACGUUAGGACUCUCCAACUAAACCGCUCUAUCUAGCUUAUUUUUAACUCUGCUUCACCUCCAGUUGCUCCGCCCGCAGGGCAGCCGUCUCUCAGGACAAACCUGAGCGGCGUGCCCCGGCGGAGCUUAGAGGUGACUGACGGAAGCGGCGGUAGUUUUGAUGUGAGUGCAGCCUGCUGAACAGCGGGGUUACUCUGCUGAUAUCCCCCCGGGCUCCACCAGCGUGUCCUUGUUGAGGAGCACCAAAUACACACAUGCCUAAUGUGUGUGUGUGAGUUUGGGCUGUUUGUGACGUCCUGGCCCGUAACCUGAAAUUACUGAGGUGGGCGAGGAUCGAUGUCCCUCUGCAGGAGCGCGCCGAUGGCGACCUGAACCCCUUUGUCCAAUUCCCCCGACUUCGAACACAUCUCAGUGAGAGCCGAGCAAAUCCUUCCAGAUAAAGAUUUACUGGGAAUAUUACAACCUGAAUUGUAGUGAAUCUUGUGUUUAUAAACAAAAAAAUAAGAAAUGUUCACCGGUUUUUACUAAAAUGAAUUUAAAGCUGGUUUGUUGCAUCUCGCCUGUUCACCUUCUGUGUCUGUGAAAGAUGGAUUCGAUCCUCCAGAGGGCAGACUUCUGGCUGUCGGCCUUCUGCACAAAUUACUUGUUUGUUAAUGUCCAACCACUGUAGAUUACUCCUCAAGAUUUAAUAAAGGAUGAAUUCACCUUC